AUGUCCAAAAGAAAUUCACUAUCAGAUAGAGAAACUGAUGCUAAAAUUAGAAAAAUUGCAGAAGAAUCUGCCAUUGAUUCUGAGUUGAUGGCUCAUCAUGAAAAACAACAACAUCAACAACUGGGACAAGACAAAACUAUUGAAAGUCAAAGUUCAAAUGCUGCUAAUGCUGUAGCACAUGUCAACGAUCAUCACCAACAACAAGCUCAGCAAGCUCAAGAAGCAUUUUUGAAACAACAAGCACAACAACACCUUCAACACAUGCAAGUUCAAAGACAACUGACGCAGUCACAACAAUCACAACAACAGUCACAACAUCAACAUCAACAUCAAACACAUCAAUCUCCACCAGAGCAUGAUUCAUCAGCUGCAGGAUCUCCAUCCCAUCCUGAUAGUCCAUCAUCUCAAUCUGGUUCAAGGCCGACUCAAGGUUCAGAUGAAUGGCAUAAACAAAGAAAAUUGAAUCAUAAAGAAGUUGAAAGAAGAAGAAGAGAAGCUAUAAAUUUAGGUAUAAAAGAAUUAGCUGAUUUAAUUCCAACAAGAGAUACAAAUAAAACUCAAAUUUUACAAAGAGCAGCUGAAUAUAUUAAAAGAUUAAAAGAAAAUGAAAAUAAUAAUAUUGAAAAAUGGACUUUAGAAAAAUUAUUAACUGAACAAGCAGUUUCAGAAUUAAGUGCAUCAAAUGAAAAAUUAAAACAUGAAUUGGAAAGAGCUUAUAGAGAAAUUGAGAUAUUAAAAGAAAAAUUAAACAACAAAUCUUGA